AGCGGUCGUGUCCUGGAAACACUGCUCGCUGUCCAAACAGACGCUUCACCCAUGGCUCUGAGAGCUGUGUUCUUUUUAUCUGCGUGACUCAUUAUGACAGAUAUGCCGUGUGCUGAACAGUCCCCAUUUGGAGAUUGAAUUACCAUCCUAUUCAGCUGACACAAAGCAGUUCCUGGCCGGCUCGGGCAGUCCAUGAAUAAGUAAACAGUCUUCUAGCUCGAUGCCGAGCACAAACAUCGGAGGCUCAGAGAGGCUGGCGUCUGCAGGGGACAGGCAGCCGGCGCUGCUGCGGGGGGCCGAGGCUAGUCCGUCUGAUCCACUAGAGAUCCCCAGCAUCUUUUUAGACGUGACCCGUCAUACCUGAGGCCUGUUGGUCCAGAGGACACACCUGAUCAGACUCACCCUUUGGAAGACCCACUUGGGAAUUUCCCACUGGAACCCAGCAGUGGAACUUGGUGGAAAAUGCACUGAAGGAGGCUGCCCAAGGAGAGCACCGCCCGAAGCCCCAUUAUGCAGGCCUUCCCGCACGGGCCCGGCAGCACGACAAGGUGAAAGCAGAGUAUGCUCGGCUUAACCACACGCUCUCCGUGGUGACCAGAGAACGCGAUUUGGCCGUGCAGGAGAAACACCAGCUCCAAGCCAAGCUGGAGAACCUAGAACAGGUCCUAAAGGAUGUUAAACACAGCUGAGCGAGAGAUGAUGGUAGGCUGUGCUCCUGAAUGGAAAUUGGGCUUAAGUUGAAGACCAGAGGUGUCUACAUUGGUUUUUCGAACUUCGUGAAUUUUAAGCUGUCCUUCAGAUGGUUAACGACCUUCGUUAUAAAGAGAACAGCUAAGUCAGAAAAUGGCUUUGUCAGGAGGCAGCACAUGCGAGAGGCUGCGGAACGGCGGCAGCAGCUGGAAUUGGAGCAUGAACAAGCCUUGGCUGUCCUCAGCGCCAAGCAGCAGGAGAUCGACCUUCUGCAGAAGGCUCAGGUUGAAGCUAAGAAAGAGCAUGAAGGCGCAGUGCAGCUGCUAGAGUGCAAGGUGCGGGAGCUGGAGGAGAAAUGCCGGGCGCAGAGUGAGCAGUUCAGCCUGCUGUCCCGGGACCUGGAGGAGUUCCGCCAGCACGCCGGCAAGAUCGACCUGGGCGGCAGCUCUGCGGCCCCCUCGGACAGCCCCUCGUCCCCCAGCAAGCCCUUCCCGAGGCUCAUGAACGGACUGGCCCCCCCCAUCAGCAAAGGUCAGGAGAGUUCCAUCAGAAGCCACGCUGUGAUUGGUGACUACGUCCGGCCCCUCCCGCUCCCGGGUGACAAGCCGGAGCCUCUGUCCAUCAAGCCCACCUUUCUGUCCAGAUCUGGUGGCCCAAGAUGCAGAUUUGAAUCAGACAUGGAUAAUGAACGGGCUUCCAGCACCUCCAAGCAGAGAUACUCGGGGAAGGUCCACCUGUGUGUCGCCCGCUACAGUUACAACCCCUUCGACGGGCCCAAUGAGAACCCAGAGGCCGAGCUGCCGCUCGCGGCGGGGAAGUACCUGUACGUGUACGGGGACAUGGACGAGGACGGCUUCUAUGAAGGCGAACUCCUGGAUGGGCAGAGGGGCCUGGUGCCCUCCAACUUCGUGGAUUUUGUCCAGGACAGUGAGUCUCGGCUGGCCAGCAUGCUGGCGAGUGACCAGGAGCAGAACCUCAUCAACCAUUCCGGCAUCGGCAUCUCCCCGCUGGAAGGGGAGAGUGUCCUGGACCUCCACUCCCCGACGCUCACGGACUCCGGCCUCGCCGACAGCGGGGCGGGGACGCUGGACGUCAACAUUGAUGACAUUGGAGAAGACAUCGUGCCUUACCCUCGGAAAAUCACCCUCAUCAAGCAACUCGCCAAAAGUGUUAUUGUGGGCUGGGAGCCCCCGGCCGGGCCCCCGGGCUGGGGGACGGUGAGCAGCUACAAUGUGCUGGUGGACCAGGAGAUGCGCCUGAGCCUCACGCUGGGCAGCCGGACGAAGGCCCUGAUCGAGAAGCUGAACACGGCGGCCUGCACCUACCGCGUGUCCGUGCAGUGCGUCACCAGCAGAGGCAGCUCGGACGCGCUGCAGUGCACGCUGCUGGUGGGCAAGGACGUGGUGGUGGCGCCCUCCCACCUGCGGGUGGACAACAUCACGCAGAUCUCCGCCCAGCUCUCCUGGCUGCCCACCAACAGCAACUACAGCCACGUGAUCUUCCUCAAUGAGGAGGAGUUCGACGUCGUCAGGGCUGCCAGAUACAAGUACCAGUUCUUGAACCUCCGGCCCAACAUGGCCUACAAGGUGAAGGUUCUGGCCAGGCCGCACCAGGUGCCGUGGCAACUGCCCCUGGAGCAGAGGGAGAGGAAGGAGGCCUUCGUGGAGUUCUCCACGCUGCCUGCAGGUCCUCCAGCCCCCCCACAAGACAUCACCGUCCAAGCCGGGGCCACCCCAGCCACCAUCCAGGUGUCCUGGAAACCGCCUGCCCUAACGGCUACCGGACUGUCCAACGGGGCCAACGUCACCGGCUAUGGCGUGUACGCGAAAGGGCAGAGGGUGGCUGAGAUCAUCUCCCCAACGGCGGACAGUACAGCCGUGGAGCUCGUGCGGCUGCGGAGCCUGGAAGCCAAGGGCGUGACCGUGCGGACCCUCUCUGCGCAGGGCGAGUCCGUAGACUCUGCCGCCGCUGCCGUUCCCCCCGACCUCCUGGUGCCUCCAACCCCCUACCCGAGAACUGCUCCCACGCCGAAGCCAUUAGCAAGUGCCGGAGCCCCCGACACCAAAGAAGAGCACCUGGGUCCCCACGCCAAGCUGCACGAGGCCUGGGGGCUCAGCCGGGCGCCCGCCCCUGCCCACGGGCACAUGCUGGAGCCGCCCGGCCUGCAGGGCGCGGGCCCCGGGAGGAGGUCGCCCUCGCCCAGCCGCGUCCUCCCGCAGCCGCAGGGCACCCCCGUCUCCAGCUCCGUCGCCAAGGCCAUGGCCCGGGAAGCUGCGCAGAGGGUGGCGGAGAGCAGCAGGUUAGAGAAAAGGAGCAUCUUCCUGGAGCGGAGCAGCGGGCAGUACGCGAACUCUGACGAGGAGGAUGGCUACGAGUCCCCCGACGUCCGGAGGAGGGGCACCUCGGUGGACGACUUCCUGCAGGGCUCCGAGCUCGGCAAGCCGCCGCACUGUGGCCACGGAGAUGACUACCACACGGAGAGCAGCCGGGGGUCCGACUUGUCCGACAUCAUGGAGGAGGACGAGGAGGAGCUCUGCUCUGAGAUGCAGCUGGAAGAUGGGGGCCGGCGGCGGCCCAGCGGCACGGCCCACAACGCCCUCAAGGAGUGCCCUAGGAAUAGGACCCCUGAGGCAGCUUUCUUGGAACUCCCCGAGUACCCCCAGCACACCCACCACAGUAAGAAACUUUUCAGUAUCCCCGAAGUGGCGGAGGAGGACGCAGAGCGCUGCGAGCUCUCGCACAAGCAGGGCGUAGGGCACUCCUCCAGGGCCAGUGCGCCCAGGUUCCCCGCGGAGCGCAGGGCCGCCAGCGACUUCUUUCUGGAAGACAGAGGCUAUCGGUUCAGCCGCUCGGCCACCCGGAGCCCAGACAGCGGCCUGGACUGUGGCAGCGAAGAGGAGGAGCUGUGGUUCAGCUUCCGAAGCACGGCUGCCCCGUGCAGCCCGGGCCCCAGGCGCUGUCCCUGCAGGAGAGGCCCGAGGCCCCUGCUGGCCCGGCGCCGGACGCUGACCCGGCAGAGCAGCAUCGAAGAGGACUUUGGGGAGCAAGAGGAGCCUGGCGGCAUCCCCAGGAGCGAGGACGCGCCCCCGAGCCCAGAGAGACCCCGCCCCGGCAAGUGCGGCUGGGAGGAGCCCGCGGGUCUCGAAGAUGCCCAGGAUGCCUGGAGGAAGAGCUCAGACGUGCCCGACAGCAGGGCCACUGCCCAGCACGCACAGCCGCCCCCCCGGAUUUUAGGAAACCCAGUGUCUGCAGGACGGGCUGGGAGGGCGGAUCGUGUGGCCCGGAGGCUGUCCCGCGGCAGCGCUGGCCCCCACAGGUCCCGGCCAGUGAUGGGCCCCCCUACCGAUGAAUACAGGGGUCGCGGCCGGCUCUCCCCGGACUUCUACGAAGAGUCAGAGACGGACCCCGGUGCGGAGGAGCUGCAGGCGCGCAUCUUUGUGGCUCUCUUCGACUACGACCCCCUCACCAUGUCCCCGAACCCAGAUGCCGCAGAAGAGGAGCUGCCCUUCAAGGAAGGGCAGAUCAUCAAGGUUUACGGGGAUAAAGAUGCUGAUGGCUUCUACCGCGGGGAGACCUGUGCCCGGCUCGGCCUUAUUCCUUGCAACAUGGUCUCUGAAAUCCAAGCAGACGACGAGGAGAUGAUGGACCAGCUUCUCAGACAAGGCUUCCUCCCUCUGAACACACCUGUGGAGAAAAUAGAGAGGAGCGGCAGGGGCGGCAGGCCGCGCGUGGCGCCCACGCGGAGGAUGGUGGCGCUGUAUGACUACGACCCGAGGGAGAGCUCGCCCAACAUCGACGUGGAGGCCGAGCUGACGUUCUGCACGGGAGACAUCAUCACUGUUUUUGGUGAAAUUGAUGAAGAUGGCUUCUACUAUGGGGAGCUCAAUGGGCAGAGAGGCCUUGUACCUUCCAAUUUCCUAGAAGAAGUGCCUGACGACGUGGAGGUCUACCUCUCCGACGCGCCGUCCCAGUACUCGCAGGACACGCAGCCGCGCUCCAGGACCAAACGGGUUCCUCCUGAGGGUUCAGGUACAGCAAGGAGAGCGCCAUCCCCCACAGCCCAUCUCCAUUCGGGGUCACCUACGUCAUCUGUGGGUACUGGUAGUCCUGGGAGAGGCAGGGAAAUGUCCUCGAAAAAGAAAAAGGGGCUGCUUUCCAAAGGCAAGAAACUGCUGAAAAAGCUGGGUGCAGUGAAAUGAUUCACGAGCUUCUGGACAACUUCCAAAUCUAUGUAAUUUUCUUUAAUUCCAAACUAGGGCUUUCAUGACUCAAGUACUUCCUAAAAAGCCAGUCUUCUCCCCCCGCCACCAGUGGAGGAGUGCGCUUUGCACUGCCACCCACUUUGCCCGCCUGCGAGGACAAAGGGCCGCGCCGCCCCCUCGCAGCCCCGCCCACCUGCGCGCGGUGCCGGGUGGGGGCGGGCCCUCGGGAAGGAGCGGGGCGGCAGCUCUCGGCAGCUCCCUCCCUACUGUGGUUCAGCCUUUGUGCGCUGGUCACCUGCCCUUACAGGAAUGAUUUCAACCUUCCUCCCUUUUCAAAAUGCCUGCCUCAUAACGCAUAACUCACGUUAACUCUGGUCUUGAAAUUCCUAGUUUAAUCGCCUUGAUGUUCUGCCUUAUAAAUGCAGUGGUUUGUACCGUCUAAUAAAACUGCGGUGUACACUCUGUAUGUGCGUGCAGUGCUCUCCAUCCUCACACACACAGCGCUUUGAAAUCGAGUUGCACACACUUAAGAUCCCGGCUUUUCAUCUUUCAAAGCCAGCCAGGCAACACAGAAAAUGUUUACUUACUCAGAUCAUUCAGAGAGGAGAGGAAGUGACUCUGGUAAAGCACCACUACUCCAGUGUGCCAGAAAGCUGGUAAUAGUCACUGCUUUUAGUGUUACAUUUUGUGGCAUAUGGAUUUUCGUUACUUUCUCUGUCAGAACUCCAUACACAAAUAGUCAGCAGCAAACAGCACACACGGAAAGCAAUCCACGUAACGCAUAAGCCACACCAAAAACAUCCUAAAUUAAGUCUGUUCAGACUGAUUCCAGACUGACCUUCACCACUGGCACCUGAACAAAAACACAUUUACAAUGUUGCCGGCAGAUGGGUUUGAUGGUUACUACUUUGUAAUUCUGGUCCACUUGUAAAUUGUUUUUACUCUUUAUACAUACUUUUCAGACUGCCUUUCUUUUGUAAUUUAUGGAAGGUUUAUAAAUGAAUGACAGAGCUUUCCCCAUUGUGUCUUCAAAAACUGUAAAUUGUAAUAUAGUAGUAUGUGGUAAUUUAUUAAAAGGAAAUUAAUGUGUGGUUAAGUUCUGUGUGGGUGUGUGCAUGUGUACAGCUAGUGUAAAAUAUUUUAUAGAAAUAAAAUGUUAUUUUAUACAGU